UACUCUAUAAAUAUCUCCAGAUAAUGAUGAAAAUACAUAAGGAAGAAUAAUAUAAAUAGGAACAAAUCUAUUUUUAUUUGAUAAAAUAUUUCACUCAACUAAAUCUAUUUAACAUUUGAAUUUAAGAUUGUCUGCUGAUUUAAAAAAAGAAACGUUUUGUCCUACUUCAUAUUAGAUAAUAAAUUAAUAAGAUUUGUAAACUAUACUUAAUCAUAAGGAUAAGUUAAAAAUAUUUAAUGAAUAUCUGCAAAUAAAAAUAGCUGAUGGGGAAAAACUUAUUGUUUGCACAAACACCAAGCUGACUGCAGUGAUUUCAAAUGGUGGAGAAAAUUCUGAUUGGGAAUUUUAAUGUGCAUAAUUAGAUUCUAGUAUAAAUGGAAAUAUAAACGCUGUGAACACUUAUUGGGAAAAAAAACCUAUGAUAACUUUUUGCAAAAAGGUAGACUCUACAAAUGUUAAUGUUGAGUUGUCAGGAUAUAAUGGAUAUGAUUUUAUUGAAGGAUAAAAAUAUAAAUUAAACAUUAUAAAUAAAUAAAAUGUGAUAAAAUAUUAUUCUGAAGAUUCUUAAGGGAAUUAAUAUACUACCUAAAAUAUUGAAUAUACAGCAAAUAAAACACAUUAAUACGGUUGCUCUUAUAUAAAAUUGAAAGUUUUACUAUUUGGAAAUUUCAUAAGUAAUCGAUGUGUAGUUUUUUGGAUGAGUCCUAAAUAUGGAUCUAAUUAAGAUACUAAAUUGACUUAUGGUUAAAUAAUAAAAGUAAGAUUGAAUGGUAUUUAAUCUACUUUUAAUAGAGGCUUACAUUUUAGUCCUAGUUGUUUUUCAUUAAGUCCUUUAUUGAAUGAAAAUGCUUCUUGGGCUUUCUAUUAAGAUAAUGCAAGUAAAAACCUAAUAGUUUAGAAAAUUAAUGCUGAUGGAACUUUAAAUGGAAGUAGUAUUAAUAUAAAUUAAUAAGGAUAACCUAUGGAUAUUACAUCUCUACCUAAUGGAGGAUUUGCUAUUUUGGCUAAAAAUGGAGAUAAGUGCUGGAUAGCCUCUUAUGAUAAUAAUGGAACAUAAGCAUGGAAUAUAAUUCUUCAUGAUAAUGGAGACAAUCCGACAGUUGUAAGAUAGUAGAUUAGUUUUUUGAAUGCAUAAGGAUAAUAACCUUUUGGAAUGGAAAAUAUGUAUAAACCUUAUAAUGGUAAACUAUUAUAUGCUAGAGGAAGAUUAUUUAUUGCUUGGGCCUAUUAUAAUCAUUUCGGUAUGGACAGUAAAGGAGCUAGAAAUGAUCAUACGGGUUCUACAAUGUUUUCUAUGGAUUAUAUUACAAGCAAUUAGAGAUUACUUUAUUUUUCAUUCAAUCCUACUCAUUCUUUAAAUUAAGAGCUUUAUUAUGAUGGUAGGUUUGUUUAUUUUGGAUCUUUAGGUGACGCUUAUCCUUAGAAUGUUAAAAUAAAGUUAUGUGAGACUUAUGCUGCAUAAUGUUAUGAAUUUUAAGAUAAAAUAGACUUAGUUAAUGAUAAUGAAAUGCCUUCUAACGGAAGUGGAAAAGCAGGAGGAAGAUUUGGAGGAAUUACUAAAAAAAUCGGAAUUAAUUAAAAAUAGGUACUUUACUAAAGGAAAGAAUAAAAAACGAAUUCUGAUUUCUUACCUAAAUUAAUUAACCAUGUAAAUGAAGUAUCCUUAUAAUUAAUUGAACCUUAAAUUAUUGAUAAAAAAUUUAGUUUGAAUAAAGUAAGUAGAGUUUAAUUAUUAACAGGAGAUUUAGGAAAAAGAGCAAAUGUUAUUAAAAGUGUUAAUUAUGGAAAAAAUAUUCUUAUUUUAUUUAAUUUAGUAGAUUAAGCUGGUGAUAUAAAUACUUUUAAUAAGGAUUUCACUUAAGAUAAUGAUGAAUGCUAUAUAAUGCUAGUUAAUUCAAAUGAUGGCUCUAAAAUACUUGAAGAAACUAAAAUACCUGAUAGUAUUUCAGCUAAUGAUUUAAUGAGAGUCCUUUAAGAUGGAAGAGUUGUUUAUACUUAAGUUAAUAAAGAUAAUUCUGUUGAUUAUUUCUAUACUCCUAUUCCUCCACCAAAUAUUUAUCCUGAUGUUAUAGUAUAAAACGAUCCUAUUUAUGGAUAUGGUGCUACGUUAUUAAAAGGAUAAACAUAACCUGUGGCAAUAACUGUCGAUAAUGAUACAACUUAAAAACCUUCGAGUGGUUUAAUAUAAAUUGUGCAUUUUGGAUUAUUCUUUUUAAUUGGUUUGCUUUGUUUUGAAUUUUGAAUUUUUGUAAAAUCAUAAUUAUUUUUUAAAU